UCGAGAAAGGAAAAGACGUCUGCUCUCAAAACUCAACACAAAAAUGUCUGUGGUGUUUGAUUAACUACAGUUUUAAAGAUUCUGACAAUUCUAGGCAAAGCUAAAGAGGGAUGGUUCGAUACUUGAUUUAUUUCCAGUACAUCGGAACAAAAUAUUGUGGCGUUGUAAGAGCAUCCAAGAAGACAACGGCAGAAACUGGUCUAGUUGGUGUUCAGGAUGUCAUCGAGAAUGCAUUGGAAAAGUUGAACCCAUAUCAACCGCCGAAGAUCUUUGUGUCUAGCCGAACUGACUCCGGGGUCCACGCUUUGUGCAAUGCAGCACACUUUGAUCUGGUUCGACCGCCAAAGAAGCCUCCAGUAUUUAACCUUGAUGGUCUGAGGUUAGGUAUUAAUUGCCACAUUGGGAAUGAGCCUGUCAGGAUCAUCAAGGCAGUGCAGGUACCAGAGGAGUUUCACUCCCAGCAUCUAGCCGUCAGCAGAAGAUACCUGUACAGAAUAGCAACGGGUUGUUAUCAUCGAUCGCUGCCGGUCACCGAGAUGGACAGAUGCUGGGCUGUCAAAUAUGAGUUGAACGUGGAGGCAAUGAGAGAAGCAUCUCAAAUCUUUCUUGGCACCCAUGACUUCUCGGCGUUCAGGAGUAGCUCCAAAGAGAGCGUCGUCAAGUCACCAAUCAAAACGAUUGAUAGUAUCGAAAUAGCGCCCUCACAGGGCUUCCUUAGUCAUCAUUAUGGCUCGCAGUAUUCGGAAGAGAUCAAGUUCUUGGAGGUUGUGUUUCGGAGCCGUUCUUUCCUGUAUAGACAGAUUCGUCGAAUGGUAUCAGCCCUUGUCUCUGUUGGUCUUGGCCAUACCUCAAAAGAGGACCUGCAAGAGGUUCUUGAUUCACGUAAUAAUGAUCACGUCAAAGCCAGAAACACAGCGCCACCAAGUGGCCUCUACCUUGUAGAAGUAUCGUACAACGAAAGAGAUUUGCAUCUUCAUCACUCGGACCAACUCCCAAGCAAGGAGGACAAGAUCAAUGAACCCAAUUGACUGUAUUUUGGACUGCGUGAGGGCGCUUUCAUCACCGCAUUUCCUUGCAUCCAGUUUAGUUUCAUCUUUUGUUUGAACUGCCUGUUGUUUUAUUGUCUCAGUGGCACACAAAAAUAAGAACAAAACCAUGUGAAUUUUUGCAUCGGUUAUCAAGAAUAUCACGCUGUUUUUUUACCUUUCGAUGUGUAUUAAUCACUCUAUGUAUACUGAGUACUUUCCUGAGUCUUGUGAAAAAAAUCCGCAGGAAAACAAAUUGGGUGGGAUUCGAACCCACAACCUUUGCACC